AUGCCACUGAACCACAACAACCACCCAAAAUGGCCAAUUCUACAACCAAAAAGUCUUGAUUUACCGAGAAUACUGGAAAAAUCACACAUCGCCGUAGAAUUUGGACAUUUCACCAUCAAAACUUGGAGGAAUUCCUUCAAGACACUAACAAAAGCUGGAAAACAUACCAGUCUAAAAUUUCAAGGACACGACUUCUUCGUCUUUGGGUUGAACUGGAAGAAUACACCAGUUCAACAAAUUCAAUUCUUCUUGUACUAUUCUACUAACUUGCUCGGCAACCAGGCAAGCGCGAAUGUUCUGGCAACCGGAAAUCGCGACAAUUUCCGGAUCUCCGGGACAUUUGGAAGUCUGACAAUCGGGCAACCAUGGGAAAUGCGUGUUGGAGACGUCCACUCACAGCAAACCCAAUGGAAACAACGACCAAGUCGUUAA